AUGGCUCCAACCGAGCACGGCGAGUGCUUUGUCCUAGACGAUGGCGGAGAGGUUGACCUCGACCUGGGCAAUUACGAGCGAUAUCUCAAUAUCACCCUUACGCGCGAAAGCAACAUCACUACUGGGAAGAUAUACCAACACGUUAUAGCAAAAGAACGUCGUGGAGACUAUCUAGGGAAAACGGUCCAGGUGGUUCCACAUUUGACAGACGCUGUUCAAGAUUGGAUUGAGCGAGUUGCACGUAUUCCAGUUGAUGAUACGAAGGAGUGUCCCGACAUCUGUAUAAUCGAAUUGGGAGGUACAGUCGGUGACAUUGAGAGUGCUCCCUUUAUCGAGGCAAUGCGACAGUUGAAGCGAAGGGCCGGGAAGGGAAAUUUUGCCCAGAUUCAUGUUUCACUGGUACCUGUCAUUGCCGGCGAACAAAAGACCAAACCAACCCAACAAGCUAUCAGAGAUGUUGGUAGAGCUGGUCUUGUGCCAGACUUGAUUGCGUGCAGAUGCGACGUCCCCUUGGAAACGAGUACGAUAGAGAAAAUUGCCAUGUUUUGUCAAGUUGAACCUGAGCAAGUCCUUGCCGUUCACAACGUACACACAACCUACCAUGUACCCCUUCUUCUCGAAAAACAAGGGAUAUUAAAAACCCUUGGCAACAUCUUGAAUCUCGAUGCAGUUACCAAAUCUCAGAGUCUUGUCGAGCUCGGACAACGGACUUGGAAGGAAUGGCGAAAUCUUACCUCCCAGCAGGAACGUCUCUAUGAGACUGUUACAAUUGCUCUGGUUGGAAAAUAUGUCAAUCUCCACGAUAGCUACCUGAGCACUAUCAAGGCUCUCGAACAUAGUGCGAUGCGAUGCGGCCAAAAGCUCAACCUCCUCUGGAUCGAUGCGUCAGACCUGGAGGAGGAAACGAGAGAGAAACGGCCUGUCGAUUUCCAUAAGGCAUGGCAUUGUAUCUGUACCGCGCAAGGUAUUUUGGUGCCAGGUGGCUUCGGUGAAAGAGGCAUUGAAGGCAUGAUUGCAGCGGCGAAAUAUGCAAGGGAAAACAAGCGUCCAUAUCUUGGUAUCUGUUUGGGAAUGCAGAUUGCGGUCGUCGAAUUCGCACGAAACAUAUGCGGUCUUCCACACGCAGCGUCCGAAGAAGUCAGAGCGAAUGCUGUAGAUAAAGUCGUGAUCUACAUGCCCGAGAUUGAUAAAGACAAGCUCGGAGGAACGAUGCGCUUAGGCCUUCGGCCGACCAUUUUCCAAGAAGGCUCCGAAUGGUCUAGAUUGCGCAAAAUGUACGGCGAAAGUAGUCAAAUCAACGAGCGACACAGACAUCGGUACGAAGUGAACCCCGCUUACGUCGAGCGUCUCUCGGAGAAGGGAUUUGAAUUCAUUGGAAAGGAUGACAAAGGUGAGCGCAUGGAGAUCAUUGAGCUCAAAGACCACCCUUGGUUUGUCGGUGUCCAAUUCCAUCCAGAAUACCUUUCUCGAGUUCUCCAACCUAGCAAGCCAUAUCUUGGUUUUGUGGCUGCAGCUGCUGGCUGCUUGGAAAAGGUCACUGCGGACUGUUUGCGUGACUAUGGCGUCCAUGGUGUGGAUGGCGUUACGAAUGGAUUGAACGGCGUUCGUAUAUAG